AUGGAAGAAGAAGCUCAUUUAGUGAAUGAUCCGAGAAAUAUUUUAAGCUUCUCGAAGAGAAAGAAUCAAGAAUCUCGUUUUCAGGAUUCAGACAGCAGUAAAUCAUCUCCGUUUAAAGUACACGGACCAAAACCCUCCGAGGUUUACGGAUUUGUAGGAUCCAUUUCGACUGUUGUUGCCACAGUGAUGUUCUUGAUUUGGGCGUACGUACCUGAUAAGUUCUUGGAGUCUAUAGGCAUUUCUUACUACCCAAGCAAGUACUGGGCCAUGGCUAUGCCUACGUAUUCGAUAGUGACUCUGUUGCUCGCUUUGGCGUUUUACAUUGGUCUCAACUUCAUGUCUACUUCAAACUCAACCUCUCUCAAUACUUUGUUUGAUGAUUACAGCAGAGAAGCUGAAGAUUCUGUUUCUGAGAUGAAGAAAGAGGAAGACAGGCAAAUAGAAUCAAUCUCUGACAUUGGUAUUACAAGAAUAAACGAUCUAUGUUCAGUUCUGGUUAAUGUUUGUGAUCUAUAG